GGAGAUGAGUCCAUGGCCAGAUCAGCCAUGAUUUUAUUGACUGGCACGGAGGCUCGACGAACCGGAUGGCCCCCUCCAGCUAUUUCUUAUGUUCCUUUGACCACAAGAGAAUGUCUAAUUUUCACAUUGCAUCUUAGUUACGACGUAUUUGAAACUGCAGAUCGUAUUAUUUACUUUCGAAAAAGUUGUUUUAAAUACUCCUUUUAUAAAUACAAUAGCGGAGAAUCCAAACAAGAAAGCCAUUAGUCCUUCACAAAUGUCACACAGAGUUUUUUUCCAGUGGUUAUACGGGGGGUUGCAUUCCCGGUUGAAUAAACUGAACCCCAUGGCAUAGGAGAAAAUAACAAAAGUGAAGCCAAUAUUUUCAACGUAUUUGUUUGACUACUCAGAUGUAUUUCGUUAUGGAGUUUGCACAAGAAGCAGUGUGCAGUAGUAAGUACUGUACAUUGGUAAGGAUGCUUACCACUAGUCUCAAAACCAUGAGGGCAAACGUAUCAAAACGACUAGCAGUUGACGGAAAUAAAAACAAAAUAUUACAAAUACUCAGCAGGUCAAGCAGAAAGUGAGGUGAGAGAGACGGAGUUCACGUUGCACGUGGCCUUUCAUUAGAACUGGGUAACCUACCGAAUAUUCCCAACAUUUUCUAUUUUGUUUCGAAUUUCCUGCAUUUGCGUUUGGUCCUGCCAUGGUUGACCGAAGCUCGGCAUUUGUUCGGGAGACAGUGUAACACUGUAAGUGCGCUCUACUUUCCUAGACAGUAAUGUAGUUAAUGUAUUGGAGUGUUUUAAACCUGGAUACGGUGUUUACCCCUACAGGGUGAACCAGGAGCAGUCCCUCUCCUGCAAAUCCAUCCCUGUACUUGGGAUCCGCCCGCCUCUGCCUGAUCAGUACCGAGCCGCCCGCGAGGAAAGCCUUUCAAGGGGAGACAAUGAGCGCUGCGGCCGGCGGUGAGGGCUCUCGCUCGGCCGCCGGAGCAGCCCCAAUAGCGGAGGGUAAUCUCCGGGCGGGAGAAAACGAGUCCCUUUUCAUCAGGAACAGUUCGUUCAGGAGGAACUCCCAGACCUCGACCGCCAGCCUCGGCCGAGAGGUCGGCGCCGCUUCCAACAUCAAAGCGCGUCCAGCCUUCAUCAUCACUUCAGGGGAGCUGGUGCACAACCCGUCCGACUGCACCAGCAGCUCGGCGCCGCCCGCCGCAAGCCGGACGCUGCUCUACAAGGGCCUCUGCCUCCUGCUCCUGCUCUGCCAGGGUGGGCUUUUCGAUUUCUACCUGAUUAUUUUCACCGACCUGUACUGGUGCUCCUGGAUCGCCACCGACCUCGUGGUGCUGGCCGGCUGGCUCAUCUUCUUCAUCAAGCACGCCAGGCGGGGGGCGGCGCGGGAGAAGGCAGCCCCGGGACAGUUCGCCUUCGCCUACCUAGCCUGGCUCAUUUAUGUCAUCGCCUGCACGCCCAAGAUGGUGCUCAUCCUGGAGACAUCUAUCCUCGACCUCAUUGAGCUCAAAGUUCCUCUGGGCACCACCGGCUUUAAAAUCGUGGUUAUGUCAUCGGUGCCCUUGCUCUACACGCUGCUGAACUCGGUGACCGAAGACCUGAGCUGCCACAGUAGCCACCGGGCCCAGAACUAUUACAGCCGCACCUGCCUCGACCUCCUGGACAGCUUCACUCUGAUGGAGCUGGUGCUGGCGGGUCAGAUCCCCAACGUGUACCUCAAGUACACAGUCACCACGGUCUACUUCGUUUCCUUUUCCAUCCCGGUUCUCUGGCUCUAUGAACUCAAUUCAUUGCAGCUGGACUACAAAUGCGUCGUGUUCCGCUUCCUGUCCAGCUAUGCGGUGAAUGCCCCUCUCUUGGUGGUCAGGUGCUUUUUGGUCUUUAUUUAUGACCAACAAGUUUCAGUAUUUCUGUUCAAGAAUGUCUUUUGGUUGUGUUGUGAUUGUGCCGAGGUGCUGGAGAGAUGUUGCGUCCUGAGACGUGUCCACAGAUACUCGAGCCCACCCAUGCAGUUCACACAUUGCAUCUCGGAGAAUGAGAUGUGCGCCCACGGAUACGUGAACACAUUGGCCGUAGCUGCCCAAUCCUAACAGCAACAGUAUCUCAUCAAGCCCAGCCUGUGGGAUUUUUAAAAAUUAUUUUGUAAAUUAUUUUGUACCUGUAUUAACGGAUGCUUUUUGAGUGUUUGCGUAUCAGUUUCUAUUGGUCUUGUAUUCGCUUCUGCACAGGUUGUAUGUGAGAAACGCAUUACUGUAUCUGAAUCAGUUCUACGCUCCGCCAGACUGAUUCCUUUUUUUAAACUUUCGCUUGAAUUCUAAUUGGUUCUUUGCAUCACGAACCACGGGGCUUUAAAACCUGAAUUGUACAGAAGACGUCAAAUAACCGUAGGCAACUUCCGAAGUGCUCCACUUCUAAACUUCAGUUUUAAACCACUCCCAGCAAUUCAACAUGAUGAAGCAGAUACCAAGAUUCAAGGUUUAUCUAGACAUAAUUUAAUUUAUAUUCUAAUCCACUGCAGAUAAAUUCUGACAGGUUACUGCUUACACAGUAUUUAUUUUAGGCAUUUUUGAAUGGAUCUGCUACCAUAGAACAAUGAACGUCGGUUACAAAUAGGCCCCGUAAUUACAGGGAUAAAGAGAAACAUGUUGUCUAUUAGCUCCACUGUGCUUGUUCUAGAAAUUAAUUAUCUAGUUAGAACAGACACCAAUCAUUUGCACUGAUAAGACCUGAAAUAAUAGUUUAUCUAGUAAAUACAUUUAAGAGCACUUACCACUGGAAAGAAUACUGACCCAGAAUCAGAUUUAAUAUCGUUGGCAUAUGUCUUGAAAUUUGUUGUUUCAGGAUAAAUUUGACUGAAAAAGAUGGGAGCAGGGAAACACAUUAUAUUAAUUAAUUACCGAUUUGUGGACCUGCAUUAGGUUUGAAAUAUUAGGGUGCGAUUACAACUGGAUCAACUUCAGAGUAUUAAAGUGGGAAGAAUUCUUUUACUGGACAGAAAAUGAAAAUCAGGAAAUUUUGAUGUCAAUUGCGACCGAUUAAAUACAGAAAAGUUCAUUUCAAAUUUAUAAUUAUAUAAUUUUAGAUUUUCCCCUAUGAGCACUAAGAAAAAAAACAGAAAAAAGCCUUAUAGAACUUGGAACCUUAUUUUAAAUAACCUAAUUGUAAUUAGCAUCAGUGAUUGUAGUGUUUUUGUAUUGAAGUCAGAAUAAUAUGUUCAGAAGGAAGUCUAUUUAUAUUUGUACAGUGUUUUGCAAUUAGUAUUGAAUGUUCAUAAAUUUGUGCUUUGUCCUUUUAAGGAUGUAAAUAAAUUUGUUUUCAUUUGUUUGUGUAAUUAACUUGGUUUAAAGAAUUUGAUAAUUGGGAUUUUGUAAAACAAACCCACUGAAUUUAAGGGUCACCAGCAUCAUAGAUAGGAAACUGACUUAAAAGAUUUUUAAAAAAGCAGCCAGUUGAGGUAAAUGGCUGUUUUUCAGUCUGUAGCAUGAAAGGUAGUAGUGUUAUACAGGGGUCUUUUUUAAAAUUAAUUGUGUGCAGGAUUUCUAGAUUUCCUAAUAACAGGAAGCUUUGUAGAAUGGAAGGUGGUAAUAGAGCACAAGAUAUUGAUAGUGUGGCUGAAUGGGCAGACAGCUAGUAAACAAAAUUUAAUUCAGAAAACUAUAAUGCAGCACAAAGGUUUCUCCUUUACAUUUGUGCACUGAAAAUGAUUAAUUAAUCUCAAAUUUUGUUAUAUAAUGUAUUUUGAUAGAAAGGAUGAAACUAUAUAGAAUAAUUGACACACCCAUCGGGAACAAAGAAACCUAGAUUAAAUGUGCACAACACUGAAAGUGAAAGGGUAUGAUAUUAUGAGAGAUUACUGAAGUGUGUGGAUCUCAGGAUUUAAAAUUAGCAACAGCAAUUUAAAAACAUCAUGUCAACCAUGUACACAAGAUUAGUUAGGUUGCAGCUAGAAUAUUGCAUCAAAACGUGGUUACCAUCAUGAACCUCUUUCACACAGAUUGGGAUAAACUGCACAAUCACUAACAAUUAGAUGGAAUGCAUCUGCAAAUUAUUGGAAUUCCAGAUAAAUAAUUACUCAGGUCUUUACUGGCAUCCCGUUGAUUCUCUUCCACAAAACUUUAAAUCUAUGUUCCCUAGUCCUUGGACUAUUUCUAAUGAAACAGGCACAGGGACUUCCUUUGUACCUUUACAGUGACCUGACACUGAUUUAAGGUGGUCAACUUGUUUUAUUUAAAAAGCAUAAUGAUCAUAGGAUAACUGUUCAGGAGUCCAUACAGGUUUCUUUUUAAACAGUCUCUUGGUGCAGGUCAAAACACAGCCAGUGUUGUUGUGAAAGCAGCUGGAAUAAUACUAACUGUAUUACAAAUCUCAACUGGAUAGUGAGAACAAUUUCUACUGGAUAGUGACCAGGGUUCAAUCCCAACCUCUUUGUUGAGUCUCUGCAGAGUUUACACAUUCUCCCUGUUACUGUGUGGAUUUCUUCCCACAUCCCAAGGCGGUGCUAAUAGUUUAAUUAGUUAUUGUAAAUUACCAUUGGGCAUGAGAGACAACAAGUUACAGGGAAAUAAUGGAUUAAGGAAAUGUCAAAUUCUUAUUUCCAACUCAUUAUCCAACCUUAAGGUCUCUAGACCAGUAACUUAACCACUGUGCCUAAACUACUUGCCUUGCAAUUAGCCAUGACUCCAAUACAAGAGGCCCCAAGCAGCUGGCACUUGCAUUUUGUUUCAAACAACUGAUCUGUGUUUGACUCUGUUAACCCAUCUUAAAUCGUACCUAUUUUUAAUACUUUUGUCAACAAGUAUAAAUGACAGUUUAAAAUGUUAAUAUUAAACUUGUCUCUACAACUUCUUACAAAAACAAGUUCCACAUUUACACUGUUUUAUGAUCAACUGCUUUUUGAUACCUUGAAUAUCCUGGCUGUAUUUUUUUACCCGUUCCUCCAACUGAAAGAAAUGGUUUCCCCUCUUAAAUAUUUAGUAUAUCAGUAAUCAUCUUCAAGACUACCUCAUUAUCAAAAUAUUCAAAGAAUACAGGCCCAACCCUUAUAGUAUCUGAGCUACAUCCCUUCCAAGGCCAACAUAUCUUCUAAGCCCCAGUGUUCAGAAUUAACAACUGUAAACCCAAUUUGAGCUUUCCAAGUGCUAGUUUAUACCAAUCCUCAGAUAAACGAUAUUAACAUUGGCUCUUUAAUCUUUUUGUGCCAACUCUAGUUUUUAGUUUGUGUUGUAUUUGGAUUUAUAAAAUCUGAUAUCCCACAGAUUCAAGAUUUGCAUAAUAUAGAAAAUAAAUUGUGAUGUUUAAAUAUAUUUAUGCUGUACAAUUUAAAUUUUAUUUAUUUGCAUCCUAAGUGCUGUAUUAAAUAAUAUGUUUAACUCGCAAUAUUACUAAUUCUACUCUCGAUAACCCAUGAAACUGUUUAAACAAUUAUUCUGUAAU